CAAGGUGUGCUCGAGAGAAUCGCUGGGGGAGGCAUUCAGGGCGUUUCAGUAGCAUGUGUGUCGCCAAGGAAAGGAGGCUUAGCGGGACUCAUUCGGAACUCUCCCAGCUGCUCGAAGAUUGAGACUCAAAAUCCGCAGGGGCUUAAUGACUAUGCCCUGUCCCCGACUGACUUUCUCGGGAGUGAUAGCUGGUGUCUUUCCCGGGGUAUUUUCCUGCCAGUAUCCAGCAAGGAAGGACUGGUGGUCGAAGUGAACUUUCCCUCAUAGAACUCUGCGUGGGGCACAUCGAAGAUGGACUAUCCCAAAAUGGAUUAUUUCCUGGACGUUGAGUCUGCUCACAGGCUCUUGGAUGUUGAGGCGGCUCAGAGAUUCUUCUACAGUCAAGGGGCUCAAGCUCGCCGGGCGACCCUGCUCCUGCCUCCCACAUUAAUGGCGGCAUCUUCGGAGGAUGAUAUAGACCGGCGGCCCAUCCGAAGAGUACGCUCCAAGAGCGACACGCCGUACCUCGCGGAGGCCAGGAUCUCCUUCAACCUGGGAGCAGCCGAGGAAGUGGAGAGGCUGGCAGCAAUGCGCUCCGACUCCCUCGUCCCAGGCACCCACACCCCACCCAUCCGCAGGAGAAGUAAGUUCGCCAACCUGGGGAGGAUUUUCAAGCCCUGGAAAUGGAGGAAGAAGAAAAGCGAAAAGUUCAAGCACACAUCUGCAGCCCUGGAAAGGAAAAUAUCAAUGAGGCAAAGCAGAGAGGAGCUGAUAAAGCGAGGGGUCUUGAAGGAAAUCUAUGAUAAAGAUGGGGAGCUCUCCAUAGCCAACGACGACGACUCCCUGGAAAACGGGCAGUCCCUGAGCUCCAGCCAGCUGUCCCUGCCUGCACUGUCCGAAAUGGAGCCAGUCCCGAUGCCCAGGGGCCCCUGCUCGUAUGACGGGCUCCAGCCUUCAGACAUCAUGGACGGGACAGUGUCUGAAGAGAGCCCCUCUGCUGGGGAGUGUGGAGUCCUCCUGUCCCAAGAUCCUUCCGCCAAACCAGUCCUGCUACUGCCCCCAAAAAAACCUGCUGCUUUCUCUGGAGACCAUGAGGAGACCCCAGUGAAGCAGCUGUCCCUUCUCAAGCAACCCCCUGCCCUGCCUCCCAAACCCAUUGCCAGGAUUGUCAACCACUUAACAGCUCUGCACAGCUCUGAGCAGCGGGUCCCCUGUUCCACCUCUUACCACAGCUCUGGUUUGCACUCGGGGGACGGGAUCACAAAGACAGGACCUCUGGGCCUCCCGGAAAUAAGACAAGUGCCAACCGUUGUGAUUGAAUGUGAUGACAAUAAAGAAAAUGUGCCUCAUGAGUCAGACUACGAAGACUCUUCUUGCCUGUACACCAGAGAAGAGGAGGAAGAGGAAGAGGACGAGGAUGAUGACAGCUCCUUGUAUACCAGCUCCCUGGCCAUGAAGGUGUGCAGGAAGGACUCCUUGGCCAUCAAGCUCAGCAACCGGCCCUCCAAGCGAGAGCUGGAGGAAAAGAACAUUCUCCCCAGGCAGACGGACGAGGAGCGACUGGAGCUGAGGCAGCAGAUCGGCACCAAGCUCACCAGGCGGCUGAGCCAGAGACCCACGGCGGAGGAAUUGGAGCAGAGGAACAUUUUGAAACCUCGGAAUGAACAAGAGGAACAAGAGGAGAAGAGAGAGAUCAAGAGGAGGCUCACACGGAAGCUCAGUCAAAGGCCCACGGUGGAAGAACUUCGGGAGAGGAAGAUCCUCAUUCGCUUCAGUGACUACGUGGAGGUGGCAGACGCUCAGGACUAUGACCGGAGGGCGGACAAGCCCUGGACCCGCCUCACGGCCGCUGACAAAGCUGCCAUUCGGAAGGAGCUCAAUGAAUUUAAAAGCACUGAAAUGGAAGUCCAUGAAUUGAGUAGACAUUUAACAAGGUUCCACCGACCUUAACCGCCCAAUUCCUCUUGAGUGCCAUGCUGUCUUCAAAACAUAAAUUUAUAAGAACCAUAAGUGCUGGUAUUUAUUCACGUCCCUGUUACGAUGUCCAUCUUCGGAACUGCCUUUUUUUAAGAAGAAGAAGAAAAGACCCAGGAUGGCAUUUGUGAAGACAUGCUCAGAGCUGCUGACACCACCUCUGAUCCAGACGCGUCUCCUGCCCCUCCCCCACAGGGCCGAGGGCACCCGCAGGGUGCUGAUGGAAGACUUUCCAGCAUGCGGCGCUGCCCUUGUCCUCCCCACUCAGGCCCAUCGGGCACCUACAGCCCCCUCCUCACAAGCGUCCAAAGAGAGCCAAGGCAGUGGGCUUGAUCUUGGGAGGACUCGUGGGCUGACUGGACUUCGCCAAAUGGACUCGGUCCACUUGUGGCAUCUGGUUUGGGGGCAUCUUAGCAGGGUGAUGCUGAGAGGGGACAUUGCUCUCAGUGACCCCUGUCCUUCCUCUCCCUUCACGCCGUCGCCCACACAGGGAACACAGAGGAAGGGUCCUGUUCUGGGUGAAUCGAGCAGUGGGUGGGUCUGAGCGUGGGUGUCUCCUGGGCAGUGGGGCAGGUGCUGAGCGGUCAUCCUGACCCUUUGGUUCAGAGAAGACAGUUGUCCUCUUCUCAGCCCAGCGUCCCGGGGGACCUUGCACCUCCACCCAGCCAUUGCAAAGUUCCUCCCAGGGCUCAGCAUAGAUGCCUCUGGGCAGAUGGGCCAUGUUGAGGAUGUGGUGGCUUGGCCGGGUAAGAAACUCUGCUUGGCUGCAGUCUCCAGGCUGGAGAUUGUCUUGGAAGUUCAUGGCUUCUGCGACGGGAACCAACUGGUGCAUGCAAACCAGAAACCAUUCCUGUAAGGAGGGGGCGUUUCAGCUGCAGAUGGGCCGGGACCCCAGACCACUGGCUGGCCUUCUCUUCUCCUUUUUUCUGCACUGUGGAGGAAGUUGCAGAGUUGGGCACAGGCCAGGCUCCUGUAGUGACCCAGAGAGAGCCCGUCCUCUCCUUCCUGAGUUGGCUGGAGUGGUAGGUCUACAGUGCAUGCGACUGGAGAGGGGUGGCCAAGUCUCCUAGGCACUCGGUGCCCCAGAAGGCCAGGCGCUGGUUGGCAGAGGGCUGCUGAGUGUAGGUGUGCAAUGAGAGCCAGUCCCUGGGCCCCAGCAAGUGCCAUCCUGAGCCCCACGGCAGCCUCGCUGGUUCCCUUCCUGCCAGGGCGCUGUCGGUCGGCCUCCUGCCUCACAGCCCUGCCCAGCCUUCUUGGUAGUCAGGGGGCUUGUGGGAGUGGCUAGCUCUCCACCACAGGUGUCCAGGCCUUAGAGCCAGGGCGGCUUGGCCUCCACACACACAGAGGUGCCUGGCCCCCACUGUGAGCCAGUGAGCCGCAGCUUCCCAUGUGCGCCCCCCAAGAAGGACGUCCCAUACCUGCUCAGGUCCGUGGACACUUUACUUUGGGAGCGCUCAGGACGGUUCUUGGAGGCAGGGCCAGGUCAGGCACUCCGUGUGCAUCUGGAGCUCGCUCGCAGCUGUUGCAACCAAGGGGCGUGCCGAGAGGAGACCUUGUUCUUUCUCAUCUUUGAAUGUUGGAUCUGAAUCGUGACUGCCUUGGGAAGAGGUCUUGUUCAGGGAAAAUGUGGUCGGGUUGUCCUGUGGUUGUAAAUAUAAUCUUCCCCAAAGGCUUCCUGACGCUUGAAUGUGCUUGUGAAACACGGGGAGGGGGGAGGGGGAGCAGUGGCUCUUUUGCUUGGCUUCUCUGCCGGAGAGGGCCUGGCUGCCUGGCCUGGCUUGGCACUGAGGUUUCCUCUGGCUGGUAGCCACGGCCUGACCCCACCGCUCUCUCCCACAGAGGAGGUAAUCCUCCCGUGAAUGGUUCGCUCCACUGACAAACUCCCCUCACCUCUGCCCAUGGCGUCCCCGCCUGCCUGGCUUAUGAGGCCUGGCCCUUCAGUUCCCCGGGAGCCCGCCACCAGCCUGGCCUCCCCGCCCAAGGUGCCCUGGGACCGCAGACUCCUCCUGGCAGGAGGAGAGGGCACAAAGCCGCCCAUCUCCUGCAGGGCAGGCUCCAGAAGGCGCUUGCACAGAGUCGGGUGAGGGCCUCCCAGGGCCCCCAUCACACAGCCGCCACCCACCCG